AUGGCUUCUCGUAUGUUACUUCGCCACUGUCGACCACGCUUAUUACAAUCCCAACCUUUAAUGUGGACCAGACCCUCGAGCACUGCAGCUACCUCUACCACCACAACAACUGCUACUGCUACUUCAUCCACUUCAACCUCUACUGCCACUACUGCUGUCGCAACGACGGAUGCUGGUGCUGGUGCUGAAAAGAAGGAAGAAACAACCAAAGCUGUAUCGAAUAAUGAAACGAAGGCUACUGAACAAGGCUAUGCACAUGGAGCUUAUUUGUGGUCAAUGGAACGUGCAUCAUCACUUGCCCUGGUUCCCUUAAUCAGCACACAGUUUAUCUAUGGUGCUCAUCCAAUCACCGACGGCUUGCUUGGUGUCGUGUUGCCAUAUCACAUUUACCUUGGUUUCGAGUCUUGCAUUGUUGAUUAUAUUCCCAAGCGUGAAUACCCACGCAUGCACAAGGUCGCCAACUGGUCUUUGGCAUCCACUACAGCUCUUGUCAUGUGGGGCGCAUAUGAAUUCAAUACCAAUGAAAUCGGUCUCACCGAGUUUAUUCAACGCUUGUUUACUAGCUAA